AUGGAUAUCCAUAUUGUUGAUAAUAAUGAGGAUCAACCCCUGUUAAGGAAUAAUCAGAAUAUUCCAAAUAAUCAGAAUAUUCCAAAUAAUCAAAAUAAUCAAAAUAAUCAAAAUAAUCAAAAUAUUAGAAGGAAGAAAGGAUGUUGGGAAAGAAUUUUACAGUUUCCAGAUACACCUGGUUUCUGGCCAUUCUUCCAUAUCUUUCUAUCAUUGUCUUCCGCCACCACUUUUAUUGUGAUCAAUAUUAAGUUUGGUGGAAUCUAUGUCAAGAUGGCAGGUUCCGGUAUCAUUGCUUUUAUGUUCUUGCUCCUGGCUAUAAAUGUUUCCAAGAGAUUAUUCUUUGAUCCGUUACCGAGAUACCGGUAUUCUUUGCUACUGGCACUGUCCAGCAUCUGGGCAAACUUGUUUUUGGGAUUGGCGGUGGUAUUUGCCUAUGCGAUGCACGUCAGACAAAUGGUGAAUCCACGCCACUACGAAGUGAACCCCCAGGAAGAAGUUACUCAAGGUCCGCUGUGUAUGAUCGUACUGGGUAGUAUAACUCUCCGUAUUGGAAUAGAUAUGUAUCAAAUGAUCCAGGGUGUAGAUUUCAUCGCGUAUCUCAGUGAUGCCACUUCCAAUCCAUUCUUUGAUUUCGCCAAGGAUCUCUUCUCCCAGAUGAUUCCAAUCAUUCUGCUCCUCUACAGCACACUCUAUAGCUAUUUGCAUAAAAGGAACGACGAUGUCGAAAGAGCAACCAAAACCGAAACAGUAGAGAUCAACAACCAGAUGGUGAAGCUUGCACUACGUCCUGGAAUCAUUGGGCUUCACUUUGCAUCGUGUGGCUAUGUUGUUGCCACCACAGACAGCACUCUCCCAUUAUCGGUUUUAGUUGCUCGAGUCGGUGCCUUUUGGAUAUUCAUCGACUACUGUCUGCUCCUGACGACAAUCUCUGCGCCGAUGCUGCAGAUUGUUUACCGCUAUUUCCAUAGAAAUGUUUCACCGCAUGCCGUCAACAAGAUUCAUUUUCACCGAACCAUGGCUAUCAACCUGACGUUUGCUAUCGCCGUACAUGUAACCGGUCAUUUUAUCACUUGGAUUCGACAGCCAAACUUCCAAUAUAAUAACGUUCUAGUCUACACCUACAAUAUCCCGAUAAUAACAGGUUUCAUCAUGCUGGUAUGUCUGUUCUUUACUAUGAUCUGUGGUAUAUUUCAUGAUAAAGGAAGAUGCUUUUAUUUCCAUAUUCCACUUGUCAUUAUCACAACGCUCAACUUUUACAUCCACGGUUUUCAAAAAAUUCUUGGACCACAGGUUGGCGAUCAUAUGGUAAUGAUAUUCUCAGUGCUGUUUGGUGUAAUGUACAUCCUUUUCUUCACCAUCAAUCCCAUUUCCAAUGCUUACACCACCGCAGUAAAGAUACCGGCGGUUGGUGAAACACAAUACUUGCUACUUCAAUCCGAUUCAUCCGGAUUCCCAACUGUCGAUCCAGGAUGCUUCUACACUCUCUACCCCAAGGAAACGAUCAUCACUCAUGGCCACCCUUUUACGUCCUUCGAAUGGUCAUAUUCCGAUUAUAAUAAUCCAGAUUUCCGCAAUUGCGUCGCUGCUAAUUUCAAAGCGACAAAACUGCGGUUUAUGAUCAAGAUGAGAGGUGGAUUCACCAAGAGUUUGUCUAAUUCAUUUGAAGAGCCGAACGCCACCAUCCAGCUGGCAAUGCACGGACCAUAUCUAUCGACAGGUAGCUCUGCUCUUCGCUAUAUAGAAAACAUGAGACCAGAACAGGAUCAACUCCCUAUUCUUGCGCUCUGUGGUGAAGGUGUUGGUAUCACUGUGGCACUGUCAUUGCUGCAACACCUGCUGUCGCCAACGAACCAACUCAUUGAUAAACUGGAUUCGAUUCGAUUCUACUGGACGACACAAUCCAAAGAACUUUGUGAGGAGGUCCAGAAACUAAUCUAUGAUGCCUACAGAUUCGAACCACUUCGUAAUCGUUUCGAAAAGAUUCAAUUCUAUAUUGCCCGAAUUGGCCAGAUAGAAUUGAAUACCGAAGCCAAUAGAAAUGCCUAUAGAAAUGCUGAUCCACCAGUUACUCUAUUCCGACCAGAAGCUACACAAGGCAUCAAUAUUUGUUUGGUACCGAGAGAAUUCAUAGAAAGACCAGAUAGUGAAGACACAGAAGCAAUGGAAGCCUACAAUAAUGUUAUCAAGAACGAAGUGUUUGGUGGUGAUUGGGGUGGCCGAAAUAGGGAAUCGAUACUGGUUUACGGUGGUGGCGAGCUGGAAAAGAGCCGAAGUCUAUGGAAGGAUGGCUUUGCAGGAAGAAUCAUUGAGAGAACAGAGACUAUUAAAUAA